AUGGUUUUAAAGUCUUAAUGCUUCAAAGAUGAAGAUUUAGUAGCUAAUAUAAAGAGUUUACUUAGAACUUUUGCUAAUCAAAUAUAUUAAGGAAAGUAUGAUAACUUUAUGAAAAUAAGAGCAUAAAUUUAUGAUUUUAUCUAAAAUAUAAAAUUAAAGUUACUAAAUGAUAAUAGCUUUAUUGAUGAGUUAUUUUUAAAACUGUUUCCUAGAUUAAUAACUGAUUUAGAUAUAAAUACAAAUUUUAUUGUAAAAAAAAAAAAUAUAGACUCAGAGCAUGAACAAGAGGACUAGGAAGAGGAAGAACAUGAUUAAUUAGAGUUUGUCGUACUUGACAUACCAUUAGUUAAUUAUAAACUUAAAUCUAUAUAACUGUUAGGACAUUUUAUAAAUUAAUGCCCUAAAAUUGUUAUAGAGAAUAAAAAAUUUGAAAUUAUGACUAAAAUAAUGAAAACUUUAAUGAAUGAAAGAGAAGAAUAUACAGUGAUUCAUUUCAAUUUCAAAAAUUUAGCAAAAAUGUUUAAAUGUGUGAGAAGCUAUUAUCUUCAAUAUUUACCAGAUUUAUAUCUAAACAAUAAUGAAGCUGUAUCUGAAGAAAAUAAGUUUUUAUCUGAAGAAGCCAAAGUUGAAUAUGCUCCUUUAUUUGAUUUUAUGCUAGAAUAAAUCUGUUCAAUUGAAUAGCUUAACUAUGAAUCAGAAAUCGAAGAUCUAAGUUAUUUAAUAUACAAAAUUUUAAAAUGUACUGAUAAUCCUACAAAAAGAACAUUCUUCUAACAAAUAUUUCAAGCAAUCAAAUAUUUUAUGAAAAAAACAAAGCAUAUUUUAAAUACUUAAAUUAUUGAGUGGAGUUUGGCUGGAUUAAAAUUAAUAUAUAAGGCAUUUCCUAGUUAGCUACAAAAUAAUUUUUUACCAAUUUGGAAAUCUUUGGUUUCAUCAUUAAAUUAGCAAAAAGCUCCUCUAAAUGACUCAGACGAGGAUAGUAAUGAUUAUAAUGGAGAUAAUGAUGGUGACCAUAGCUAUUCAUCAGAAUAGUAAAUGGAAAUAUAAGAAAAUUCAGAAUAGUUAGAAUAGGGGUCAAUAAAUGGGAGUGAUAAUUCAUAUAUAAGUUUAGAAGAAGAUGAAGAAGGAGUAAAUUAAAUUAGUAAUGAAGAAAGUCAAAGUCAAUCAAACUUAUAAAAUGAAGAAAAUAAAACUUAAGAUCAGUACAUUUUUAAAAUGUUAAAAAUUGACAUUACAAAAAUAGAUAUAUAAUUAGUAUCUGAAAUAAUAGGUAGUGUUGCUAGUUUUGUGAAAUAUGAUAAAUGUGUCUAUCCUAUCAUCUCUGAUUUGAUAAAUGAAAUAAUACUAAAUAAAAAGUAUAUUAAGAUAGAGAUGGUUUAAAGAAAUACUUUUUAUUAUUUAAAUAAAAUUACUAGAUACUGUUUUGAUAGUAUUUAGCCUGAUUUAUUUAAAAAGUUUUAUGAAAUAGUUAAAAAUACUGCUGAAUCUUAUCAAGGAUACACUGAUUUAAAUAAAAAAGAUAUAAUUGAAAAUAUUUAUAUAACAUAUGCUUUCAUGACUGUCAAAUUAGUAGAGAACAAACUACCUUUAGAAUAUACAAAAAGUGAUUAUAAUUGUUUUAAUAAGCUUUUUUCUUUGGUCCCUUUUGAAGGAGAUUAUACUGAAAUGUAAAGAGUUAUUAAAAUAUGUAAUUUUUUGUUGGAAAAAAAUUCUUCAAUUAUUGAAUAAAAUUUGUACAAUAUUACAUUGUCUGUCAUAUAUAUAAUUUAUGACCCUUCAAAAUAUCAUGUCAAAAGUUCAAAGGAGCAGUUUUAUUCUGAAUUUUAUGAUAAAAUAGUGGUUAAAUUCCCAUAAGCUAAAUCUAUUGCUAAGAGUAUUAUUGAUUUAAAUAAGGUUUUUUAUUGCAAAUAUCAAUCAAAGAAUUGA